UGGUGUGGCUGUGGCUCAGCGGGUGGUGUUUGUUGUUUCAGAGGGAAGGUGGUGUAGCUGUGGCUCAGCGGGUGGUGUUUGUGUUUCAGAGGGAGGAGGCCGUGCUGAGAGCCCAGAGGGAGGCGGAGAGGAAGAGGAAGGAGAGGGAGCUGCUGCACAUCCAGGAGGAGCAGGAGAGGCUGCAGAGGAAGAAGAGGAUCGAGGAGAUCAUGAAGAGGACGAGGAAGAGCGAAGCGGAGCCGCUGUCUGGUGCUGCAGCCGCGGCCCUGUUGGAGGACGACGCCCCCCCCACUCCGGCCGAGGCCCCCGUCAUCCUGCUGGGACCCCUGGAGAAUAAGAGCUUUGUGGACGAGCUGUCUGACGGAGUACAGUCCAUGGACGUCAGUCCAGUGUCCAGGGACGAGCAGCCCAGCGCCCACGAGUUCUCCCCGCUCGCCGAGGGGCCUGAAGGCUGCACCUUGGAGCACCUCAUGGACCUGGAGGCCCACGGCCGGGGGGAGACCCCCGCCUACCCCAAACUGCAAGCCGGCAGCGGGGUGGGGGACCUCAACAAGAACCUUCUGAUCCAAGCCUACAGCGUGGCCUCCGAGUCCUCCCAGCUCAUCCACAGCGUCGGGCCGAGCAAGCUGGACGUCCAGUAGCACCACGAUCCACAUUUCACCCGCGGAACCGACGCAGAGCGACAGCUUCACGUCCGCAUCAGCAGACGACACAACAGCUCGGCUUGUGGCCACAUGGAGGCAGACGGACGACACCCCCCCCCUCCCCCCCGACUCAGAUUAGACAAAAGUACAGAGGAGGAGGUCGUUGUAGUAGAGUUCAGGUUCAGCGUUGACUUAGUAAAUUGUGCUUGUGCUUAUUUAGUCUUUUUUCUUUGUUUGAUCUCUGCGUCAUUCUGUGGAAAUAUGCUAAAAUCCUUGAGUAUAUAUUCACAUUCUACAGUAUCUCCCUACAUUGUAGUCUGAUGCAAGUUACCAGAUCAUUUGAAUAUUCGUGUUAAAAAGAUAGAAAUGUUUCAGCGUCACGUGAAGGAGCUUCUCCUCUUCCUCCUUCUUCCUCUUCCUGGCGAAGCUGGAUUCGUCCGUCUGCAGCGCCUCAACCUAUAACUCAAAGUAUCUCAUCCCUGCUUUUUGUCGGCCUCUGUAAAUAGCCCUGUGCGGGUGGAGGAGUCUGCAGCAGCUCAUGUUUGGGGGGCAGAAUAAAGAGCGACGUAGCGUCCGGUUGGUGCUCGUAGCGUGUUCUCCUGACAAAAACAAACUAAAAAGCUGCUGUAGAUUUACCGUCGCCCCCGACGACCAUCAACGACCUACGACCCCCCCCAUGAGCUCUCAUCUGGUGGCUUGGCUUUGUGUUGCUUCCUGCCGGUGGGGGUAAAUGUUGACAGGGUGUGUUGUGUAUCUGACUGUAACCACGCUAGCUGCAGCUUCAUCGUGUGUGUCACUGCUCCCAAACCCCCCCCACGCCCCCCACAGCUGAAACAUACCCCUCUGACGGGCAACAGGAAGAACAAAUACCCCACCGCGGGGCAAAAGCAUGAAAGACGAGUCUCUCGCUCCUUUCUGCUGGAGAAUAUUUCAUUCCUUCAGUGUUCAUAAUCAGCCACAAAGAAAACUACAUUUCUGACUAUUUAAGGAUCAUUUUAUUUUAUUGGGGUUUACUUUUAAUGUUCUAAAUCAUUUUUUAUUGUUUGUUUGAUUUUUGCUGGAAAUUGUCAGACGUCGGCCUUUAAAAGCCGUCGGAUGGCAUCGUGGUCCCACGUGUGUCGUCCGGACUAUUACGCUCCUUUAGUGCUUUUAACAUUUAAUUCAUGUCACUGUCCUAAACAUUUGGAUAAGCCUUAAAAAUAGAAACACACACAGAAUAUACUUCUUCAUUUGAAUAAACCUUCCAGAUGACGCAACCUCGGCGUCCUCAGUCACGGGGACAAUGUUCCCUCAUCACCGCGGCAACCUUCGGCACAUUCUUCUGUGCUUUUCCCCCCAGCUCGCUAUUCCUCCACAUUGGGCUGAAGCUCAUCAUUCCCCGGGUGCUUGUAUAUGAAGUUAAAAAUAAAGGACACAAUGUUUAUGCGAUAUUAUAGAACUCUGUGUCACUGCAGCUUGGUGGAAUAUAUCAUUGUAGAUGUGGUGCAUGGAUAACUGCUGAAGAAGAACAAUAAACUUCAUCCAGCCGUCGCUGAGACGGAUUAAUAAGAAAUGGCAAACUGACACCUUGGGUUCGAGGGGACGAGAAAAGAGUCAAAAAUGUAUAAGAUGUUUCAUCUUUGACAUUCAUAAUGAGGGACUUAUGAAAUGACAAAUGUAGUGUAGAGCUUAAUGCAGCCACUUUUAUUUAUCAUUAUAUCUCACUGUGUGUCGACUUUAUGCUGCACUGAAAUUAAAACUGAACUGCAAAAAUCA